UUGCUGACAAGGCUGCCUACCUGAUGGGUCUGAACUCAGCAGACCUGCUCAAGGCCCUCUGCUACCCCCGCGUCAAAGUGGGGAAUGAAUAUGUGACCAAGGGCCAAACUGUGCAGCAGGUAUAYAAUUCAGUGGGUGCCYUGGCAAAGGCUGUCUUUGAGAAGAUGUUCCUGUGGAUGGUUGUUCGCAUCAACCAGCAGCUGGAUACGAAGCAGCCCAGGCAGUACUUCAUUGGUGUCCUGGACAUUGCUGGCUUYGAGAUCUUUGAUUUCAACAGCCUGGAGCAGUUGUGCAUCAACUUCACCAAUGAGAAACUGCAACAGUUCUUCAACCACCACAUGUUCGUGCUGGAGCAGGAGGARUACAAGAAGGAGGGAAUYGAAUGGGAGUUCAUUGACUUUGGCAUGGACCUGGCUGCCUGCAUUGAGCUCAUUGAGAAGGAGAAUCUCAACAAGCUGAUGACYAAUCUGCGGAGCACUCACCCCCAUUUUGUGCGCUGUAUCAUCCCCAAUGAGUCUAAAACACCUGGUGCCAUGGAGCAUGAACUGGUGCUUCACCARCUGCGCUGUAACGGCGUGCUGGAAGGGAUCAGRAUUUGCAGGAAGGGAUUCCCCAGCAGAAUCCUCUAUGCUGAUUUCAAACAGAGAUACAAGGUGCUUAAUGCCAGUGCCAUCCCYGAGGGACARUUCAUCGAUAGCAAGAAGGCUUCUGAGAAGCUCCUUGGGUCUAUCGAUGUGGACCACACCCAGUACAAAUUUGGACACACCAAG